GUGUUUUGUGUUCCUGUUAAGCCAAUUUUCUUAAAAAAAUAAGUGCAUGGAGGAAACACAAUCUACGAUGAGUCAACCAAGUUGCAGCAACGUAAGCUUAUUUCCGGAAGAGAUGGAAACUGAUCAUCCGGAGACAGGCUCGAUAUCUCGAUUCAGAAUUCCAUGUCGCAAUUGUAUUGAAAUGACAUAUGGCUUAGAGAUAAUAACAAGUGACAUAUCCUACUUCGGAAAUAAUCUGCGAACUGUAAUAUCAGAAAGCGAAGUAUUGAUAAAAGAUUUUCUGAAAAGACAGCGCUCAGAGCGCCGGGCAGCAGCUGCCCAAAAGAAUAAAAUUUUCCAAUUAGAUGAAGAAUCGAGCCUCUCUAGCAGUGAGGAUGACCUUUUACUGGCGAAAACACAAGAUUUGGAUAACUGUACGAAACAGAGGACCUUUGGCCGCAGCAAGAAUAUAGAAAAACGAACAUUCGGAUCGUGGCUCAUCCUCUCAUUUAUAACUGGAGGUUGGAACUACAGCACCGUAAAGAAUUUUCUUUUAAACGAAUACGGAGUAAAAUGUACGCGAAGUAGGACAACUCCGGAAAGGCUUGCGAUGGCAGGAGUGUUCAAAGCUAUCGUUAAAUUUGAAAAUAGAGAAGAACUAAAGCAAGUAGUUAUGAGCUUAAGAGAAAGCCAAAUACAUGACAAAUUUUUAUUUUUAUCAUUCGAUAAAAGGCCAGUUUCACAUGAAUUUUCCGAAUCAGAUUCAGACGACGCGCGAUCCGGAUACUUGGUCCCGAUAUCUAAAGAAACUUAAAUUUUUUAUUAUAAUUUGAAUUAUAAUUCUUAACAUGACUAUGCUAUUCGGUAACACAUCAGCGAGGAUUCAAAAUAUCUCUACUAAGGAUAUCAUUUAGAACAAUAAAGUACAAACUGGAUAUGCGGUACUUUACUGAACACAUUGCAUAGCGAAGAAAAGAGGAUUAAUCAUCAAUCAAGAGAAUUUCACCAGUCAUCGCAGAAUAAUUUCAACAUUAUAUAAAAUUGUUCUUAUAUUUUUUAUCUGUGUCAUUGUCGGUGAAAAACGACGCUAGUUUAAGUAACCCUGAAGUACACGGGUCUAGAAUAAAUAAUAAAUGUAAAAAUAAUUCAAAAGGACGUAUUAUUGUUAGCCUUUUGAAUCAUAUUAUAAAAUAUACAUAUAUAAAACAAUCAAACUAUUAUGUAACAUUUUAUUGCUGCUUAUAUAUUAUUUUUGUCAACAUUCAUAUCUCGUAUGUCAAUUUCCUUUCGGUAAAUAUAUUUGAUGCUGCUGCGGAAUAUAUUAUUCUAUAACCUAUUCCAAUGGAAGAGAGACUAAAAAUGAACAAACCCUAAAUUUAAGUAUCCCAUUCAAUUUGAUAAUAGCUCAGAUAUAUUGUACACUACUAGUAUUUAUUUAGUAAUAUAUACUUAGAUUAUCGGGCACUUUUCCUCUUAAAUACUUAUAUACAAUUUAAUUUUACUUACAAUAA